CGGGAGGGACUCAGACUAGAGCCACUGCUCCUCCACAAGCCAAUUGAGGUGGCUCUGGCAUCUGGUCAGGAUGCCUCCUGGUCUGAAAAAUGGAAAGAAGAAAGAAAGGAAGGAAGGAAGAAAGGAAGGACGGAGGGAUGGAUGGACUGAAGGAAGGAUGGAACAAAGGAUGGAAGGAAGGCUGGAUGGAUGGAAGGAAGGAAAAAAGGAAGGACGGACCGACGGAAGGAAAGAAAGAAGGAAGGAAGGAAGGAGGGAAGGACAGAUGGAAGGAAGGAAAGAUGAAAGGAAGAAAGACAGGAAGGACGGACGGAGGGAUGGACGGACGGAAGGAAGGAUGGAUGGAGGGAUGGACGGACAGAGGGAUGGACGGACGGAAGGAGGGAAAGACGGGUGGAUGGAAGGAAGGAAGAAAGGAAGGACGGAGGGAUGGACGGACUGAAGGAAGGAUGGAACAAAGGAUGGAAGGAAGGCUGGAUGGAUGGAAGGAAAGAAGGAAGGACGGAUGGACCGACGGAUGCAAGAAGGAAAGAAAGAAGGAAGGAAGGAUGGAAGGACGGACGGAGUUAAGGAAAGAUGGAAGGAAGAAAGACAGGAAGGACGGAUGGACCAACGGACGGAAGGAAAGAAAGAAGGAAGGAGGGAAGGACAGACAGAAGGAAGGAAGAAAAGAUGGAAGGAAGAAAGACAGGAAGGACGGACAGAGGGAUGGACGGACGGAAGGAAGGAUGGAUGGAGGGAUGGACGGACAGAGGGAUGGACGGACAGAGGAAUGGACGGACGGAAGGAAGGAAGCAUGGCACAAAGGAUGGAAGGAAGGAUGGAUGGAAGGAAGGAAGAAAAAAGAAAGGAAGGACGGAGGGAUGGACGGACGGAAGGAAGGAUGGAACAAAGGAUGGAAGGAAGGCUGGAUGGAUGGAAGGAAGGAAGGACGGACGGACGGAAGUAAGGAAGGAAGGAUGGCGAAGAGGAAAGUGCCCUCAUCCACAAGAUGGUAGAGAGGAUGACAGAAGGUCUUACAAUUCCCAAAAAUUUUUCCACGACAUCAAAAAAGCGGAGAAGAAUGUACAGCAAGAAUGUGCUCGACAAGUUGACGGAGACGCACAGCAUGUCGCAGCUGAAGAACCUGCUGACAACAAAGGAUGAACAGGUCAGUGCCAAGAUGAGCGAGCUGCUGAAAGAACAAAUGCAGAAGGCCUUUAAAGGCUUUGAGAACAGCCUACGCAAAAAGCUGUGUACAGCAGAAGUUGCGGGAUAUGCCACUUCGAUUCUUGUUGUGGUUGUUACAGGCCUGAUAAUAAUGCUGUAGCAGUUUGGUUUGAGAACAGCAUUAGUUCAUAUUAACCAAUAACUCAGUGGUUCAAAUGUUGGGAACAGAUUUGCUGAGUCGAUUUAUGUUCCUGCACUCAUCUAGGGUCAGGAGCUUUGGGUCAUGACCGAAAGAACAAGAUCGCGGAUACAAGCGGCCGAAAAGGGUUUCCUCCAUAGGAUGGCUGGUCUUUUCCUUAGAGAUAGGAUAAGAAGCUCAGUCAUUCGGGAGGGACUCAGACUAGAGCCACUGCUCCUCCACAAGCCAGUUGAGGUGGUUCUGGCAUCUGGUCAGGAUGUCUCCUGGUCGGAAGGACGGAAAGAAGAAAGGAAGGAAGGAAGAAAGGACGGACAGAAGGAAGGAAAGACGGAUGGGUGGAAGGAAGGAAUAAAGAAAGGAAGGACGGAGGGAUGGAUGGACUAAUGGAAGGAUGGAACAAAGGAUGGAAGGCUGGACGGAUGGAAGGAAGGAAGGAAGGACGGAUGGACGGAAGGAAGGAAGUCUGGAUGGAUGGAAGGAAGGAUGGACGGACAGACGGAAGGGAGGAAGGAAAGAAGAAAGAAAGGAAGGACGGACAGAGGGAUGGACGGACGGAAGGAAGGAUGGAACAAAGGAUGGAAGGAAGGCUGGAUGGAUGGAAGGAAGGAAGGACAGAAGGAACUUUGGAUGGAUGGAAGGAAGGAUGGACGGACGGAAGGAAGGAAGGAAAAAAAGGAAGGACGGACGGAGGGAUGGACGGACGGAAGGAAGGGUAGAACAAAGGAUGGAAGGAAGGGAGGAAUAAAGGAUGGAAGGAAGGAUGGAUGAAUAGAUUGAAGGAAGGACUGAAGGAUGGAUGGAUGGAUGGAUGGAUGGAUGGAUGGAAGGAAGGAUCAAAGGAAGGAAGGAACGAAAGAUGGAAGGAAGAAAGUAUGGAAGGACAGAUGGAUGGACGGACGGAAGGAAGGACGGAAUGAAGCAAGGGUUGACGUACAGAUGGAAGGAAGGCAGGAUGGAAGGACGGACGGCUGGAAGGAAUGAAAAAAGGAAGAAAAAAAGGAAAGAUGGAUGGAAGGAAGAAUGGAACAAAGGAUGGAAGGAACAAUGGAUGGUUGGAAGGAAGGAAGGACGUAAGUAAGGACGGAAGAAAGGAAGGAAGCAAGGAAGGAUGGAUGGAAGGAAGGACUGAAAGAUGGAUGGAUGGAUGGAUGGAUGGAUGGAUGGAAGGAACAAAGGAUGGAAGGAAGGAAGAAAGGAUGGAUGGACAGAUGGAUGGACGGACGGACGGACGGAAUGAAGGACGGAAUAAAGCCAGGAAUGACGUAUGGAUGGAAGGAAGGAAGGCAGGAAGGAAGGAUGGAAGGACAGACGGCUGGAAGGAAGGAAGGAAAAAAGUAAGAAAAAAAGGAAGGACGUAGGGAUGACGAACAGAAGGAAGGAUGGAACAAUGGAACAAAGAAUGGAAGGAACAAUGGAUGGUUGGAAGGAAGGAAGGACGGAUGGACGUAAGGAAGGACGGAAGACAGGAAGGAAGCAAGGCAGGAUGGAUGGAAGGAAGGACUGAAAGACGGACGGAUGGAUGGAUGGAUGGAUGAAUGGUUGGAUGGAUGGAUGGAAGGAAGAAAGAACAGAAGAAAGGAAGGAUGGAUGGACAGACAGACGGAAGGAUGGAUGGAAGGAAAGAAGGAAGGAAGGAUGGACGGAAGGAAGGAAGGAAGGAAGGAUGGCGAAGAGGAAAGUGCCCUUAUCCACAAGAUGAUAGAGAGGAUGACAGAAGGUCUUACAAUCCCCAAAAAUUUUUCCACGACAUCAAAGAAGGGGAGAAGAAUGUGCAGCAAAGUGCUCGACAAGUUGACGAGGGGGCACGCAGUGGUAUUGGUCACAUUAACGGUAGUAGGAAGCGGCAGUAAUUUCGAGGUGAAGAACAAUAGGUGUCUGCCAUACAUUUCUAUUGCAGGCCCCAAAUAGUGAGAAAUCACAUCAGUGUGACAGAAGAAGAAUAGAUUACAGCACCUGAGUGGAAAUAUUUACUCUAACAUGGAUUUCCACCACAAAACGGCAAAGGUAGGACUGAAUUUAUGUUUUUAGCUUCGUGAAAUUUUUUUUCAUCUUCUUUUGCUGCUAGUUCAGUGAGUUUUGCACGUAGCCUGGUGAUGGUACAACCUGUUUCAGAUCCUCUCACAGUAUCUCAAUGAGAUCAAGAUUUCAGCUUUAACUCUCUCUAAGCAAGCUCUUGGUGGAUUUAAUGAAAUAUUUUGGGACAUUGCCUUUCUGAUUUCAGAUCUGCUUCAUCUUCUUCUUGGAAGAUGUGCUGCAUGAAAAAGAUAAGCCCACUAAGGUCUGAGGGAAGUGGAGGCUGGAGAGAAAACACAGGAGACAUCAACACUUUCACAUUCUUAACCUCAGCUCUGGGUCAAAAAAACCUGAUGAAACCUGUCAUAUAUUACUAAUAUAAGAGCAAAGUUUUCUAGCCAGCUCUCAAACUGCCAUUUGUGACAUUAAGCACAAAUCUGUCCAGGUGUUAAGAUCUGCAGAAAGCAGCGACGGGAUCCUGUCAGCCCUUAUAUAUCAUAUAUACAUGCAGUACAACUGAUUUAUACUUUGCAAUUCUGAUCAUAUCGAACAUCAACAUCAUUCAGAGGAAAAAUAAACAUAGUGCCACUCCUUAAGUCACCCACUUAAAGUUUUCUCUGCGGUGUGACUGCACAUUUACAAGGAGAUCACAGGCAAUGAACUCAUGAGGAAGGAGGAGGUCACAGCAAACAUUACGAAGAAGCAACCAAGAGGAAAGCUCUUGACGCUCAUUGUGCUGAUUGAUCGUGAAACUUGGAGUGACAUUUGCCAUCAGCAAGUAACAUAAAUGUGAAUGUAAUGAAAGGACACAGGUCAGCAUCAUCACACGCAAGAUACGCAACAAUUUGAAAUGGAAAUCCUCAGAAACUUUAUACUUCUUCUCUUCAUUUUUGUUUCCACCCACUAGUAAGCCUUAAAACAUUUCCAUUAGGCAAACACUUUUUGUUAUUCAGUAACUAUAAUUUUGCAGGUUUGUUCUGAGGAGUUGGUUUCUCUGGGGUGUUUCUCUGCCCUCUUAUCUGUUUCUCUAAUGCAGGCUUGCAGUGCUCUUGAUUCAAGGUUUCAACCAGAUAUCCUCACAUGACAUCUAUUCAGUGAUAUUUAAUCAUAUCACUAAGCAGGUUGACCAUUUGAACAGGACAGUGCAAGAUUCAGAUUUCUUCUUUCUAUUGGCCAAUUAAUGAAGUAUUUCC